GAUUGCUUGUCUCGCGAUUUCGUUCGGAGAGGCAACAACGCCUUAGACGUGCGCUUAUGUGUGCGUAGAUUAGAUGGAGGGAUGAAUGAUAAUAGACACUGCCCGCUUCGCGUUUUCCCUAUGCCCCACGUCUCCGCGUUGGUCAGUAUACACAGCCGAGAACAUCGGCUCUUCAGCCAGUACGCACCAUGUCUGGCCCGAGAACAGCGAGGACCGCUUGCGCAGUGACUCAUCGCGAAGUGCACUGCGGAAUACACAAGGUCUUGCAAAGGGUUGACUCAUCCAAGCCCACCCCUUCAAAUGGAACCAUGGGGACGACGUCGCGUCCCGGUUCCGUCUGGGCGUCGGCCGUCCUGAUGCUGCUCAUCGCCAUCCUUGGCAGCCGUCCUUGCCACGGACAAGGAGACACCGAGGCUAGCCUGGUGCGAUGCAACGACAGCUGUGCCUCCUGGCCCACCUCGGCCUACGGCGAGAACAACACCGGCGGCGGCAACUCGUCCGGCAUGUGGUACCCGGACAACGUCUUCCACCGCUCCAACGUGUGCCGCUGCGACGACGAAUGCGUCAAGUUCGGAGACUGCUGCCGCGACGCCCCGGCGCUGCUCAGGGCGACGUCCCGGGACGUCGUUGAGUGGGAGUGCGUGCGCGUUCGAAGCGACAUGCAGGCGACUUGGGUGCGACGCGCCUGCAAGGACGACUGGAACGGACCCGACGAUGUAAAGCUCCGGUGCGAGCGCGGCGCCGACGCCCGCAUCACGGACCCGAACGGAAUGGCUCCGGUGACGUCGCUCCGGACGAACGUGACCUACGCGAACGUCUUCUGCGCCGCCUGCAACGACGACCUGAACGAUACGCGACGCUGGCAGGUGAACCUUGACUGCAAGGAGUUUUACGGCCUCAUCAACAUGACGGGUGACGACAUCCGAAACAACAUUGAACUCGAUCCCACAAACUCCAGCUGGGGCGUGUGGUUCACUGCGCCGGGAGACUACCGGCGCUUCUUUGCCUGCGUCCUGGAGUACGCACCUCAGAACCUGUCCAGCACUUACACCUGCAACUCUUUCGUGUCGACAUGUGAUCCCAGCUGGGCCGGCACAGAGACUGAGAAGGAGUGCCACUCAUACCAGUCGGUGAUUAACGUGUACGGAAUGAACUAUCGCAACCCAGAGUGCAUGGUCUGCAACAAUGACACCGCUCCGCACCAAGUCUGUGGCUUUUACAGUGACACCAGCUUCGUUAGCCCUCGAGGAUUCAGUUUCAGCAUCCUCAUGGACGUCAGCCCAUCUGCUGGCAACAUUGUCGGCAAGAAGAGCCUCUGCAAGAAAGGCGAGCUCUACGACCCAUUCUACAAAGUCUGCCGGAACAUUCUGUGUGGUGUGCCAGGCUACGUCCUUGAGGGUGACAGGUGUGUCCAGGGCGAGGACGAGAAUGAUAUCGAGCCCAGGAUUGGUAACGGCACUGUCUCCUACACCCAGGAGUUCCUGGCGUGCCGAAAGACCACAUUGAGCAAGGGUGAAUACACUAUACGGCUCAAUGGCUACCUCUACGCAACGCGCUACGAUCGGGACUUUGCUCCCGACAGCUACAUGCUGGACGGUGAGCUGCGGGCCCUCGUGUGCAUCAUCUUCAAUGGAACCAAUGAGAUCGCCAAGUUUUCCAAGACUAUGGGCUAUGUCUCGGCCGUGGGGCUGGGCGUGUCUAUCUCGUGCCUUGUUGCCCACCUUCUUGUUUUUCUUGUGGUCCCCGACGUCAGGAACCUCUCAGGACAGAACCUUGCCUCCCUCUCGGCCUCACUUCUCAUUGCUUACCUCAGCUUCCUCUUCGGCAUGAUUGGAGAGCCGCCCGCCCGUGCUUGCCAGGCAUCCGCUGUCACCACUUACUACUUCUUCCUCGCCUCCUUCUUCUGGAUGAGCACGAUGGCAUUCGAUGUGUGGCGGACCUUACGCGUCGCCACCCGGGAACUGCGGGUCAGCUCCGGUACUCAGUGGCGGCGCUUUUUCUUCUACAGUCUCGCCUCAUGGGCCCUUCCCGCCAUUGUCGUCGGUCUCGCAGUCUUCUUUGACGAUCGCUCCUCUGGCAUGCCAGAAGAUUUGAGACCCCUCUUCGGACGCCACGGAUGCUGGUUUGGACAGCGGAAGGCCCUCCUCAUCUUCUUUGCCGGCCCAGCCGGUGCACUGAUGCUGCUCAACAUCAUGCUCUUCACCUCGACCGCCAUCAUGGUGAUCAGCUCGACAAAGUCCAGCGUCAAGCGCUCCGGCAGUGCUGCCCGGCGCAACUUCAGCCUCUACGUUCGCCUCUCCACCAUGAUGGGCCUCACUUGGACGCUGGGUCUGGUUGCCGGAUACCUUGACGUCGAACCCCUGUGGUAUCUCUUCGUCCUUUUCAAUGCAUUCGAGGGGCUGCUGAUCUUCGUCUGCUUCUCGUGCACCCGCAAGGUCUGGACCUACCUCCGCGACAACGUGCUGAUGUGCAUCAAGCGAGAGCCAUAUCGCACAGGCACACUCAGUUCUGGAUCCGGCUACAACUCAAACAGCACUGGAACGACGAGCUCGGGAUUCUCGCGCAAGGCAUCACCCCGCAGUUCGACAAACUACAAGCGCACCGCACCGUAUCUUGGUAAGAAGACCAGCAUGGACAUGUACUAGGAGUUCCAUUUUUUCUAUUUUUUUUUCUUAAUGACGGCGAGCUGUCAAGCCAAGCGCAAGUAUUAGUUACGGCGUUGCUCUUUGGCACACACGAGAACCGCAUUCUUGUCACGUGUUGAUGCGGAGUUGCUGCCACAAGCCCCAUCCUUGCACCUUUGGCGAAUGUAGCUGCCUCUGCUGACGUUUUAAGUGUUCCUAUCCUCAUGCGCGGUUCCUGAAUCUCAUCAGUGUCGUAUUUAUCGUUGAGUCCCAUCCACGCACCUCUUUAACCCACACUCUCGUAAACGGCCAAGUCAGCGACUUUCCCCAACUCUUCUCAGGACGAUUCCAUAAGUUUUGUCACUUAUUUAUCACUGUUGCGACCAAUUUAGGAUCAUCGAGUGUGCUUUCGAACUGCAUCGCAGCGCUGAGGAGUGCGUUUCUUGUGGAACAGUUUUUAUCAAUUUUUAUGGCCGGUUUUGUGCCAACGGGGGAAAGCACUCUCCGUAGGUUCGACUGUGAAAUACCAAAGUCAUGUGAUGUGUGUCUGUGUGUACGUGUGCGAGUGCAUUAGAAGACUUUCAUCUCAUGUAAAUAUCUUAACCUGAUACUCUUAAUGUCAGCACUGUAAAUAAAGAUGUAGAUAUGUUAAA